GGACUGGUGCAGGAAGCCCUCACGCUGCACCUUCAUGUCAACCGCAAAAGGGACAUCUCCACAGCCGACCGGGGCAACAAAGGGAGGAUUUGGAAAAACUGUAAUGUCAGGUGACACCCCUCCGCUGUGCUGACUGCGAGAGCUUUGCGCCGGUCCACCAGCACCAUGUCCCUGGGCGACAACCCUCACCUCCUGCUGGGGAGGAUCCGGUUCCUCAACAAGUGCAUUGAAUGUUUCAGGAAGGGCGAACCUGUGCCGGAAAGCCUGUGUUAUGUCCCCAAGGUGGUGUGCUUCAAACUCUGCAAGGAUUCGUCAGCCACUUCAUCCGGCGCAUCUGCCGGCAGCUCCGCCGUUGGAAAGACCCUCGUCUCCGUCUACGAAAGCCCCCACCAGACUUCCCAUAGCAAGAAAUUAUGCAAGUACAAUAUUGAACCAAAGAAAGGGACAUGCAUCCGGACAACAGGGGAAGAAUACUGUAACAGUCAAGGCCUGUGGGUCAAAAUAAAUAAAGAACAGCUGGAGGAACAUCGUGUGUGCCAGGAGCUGGAGGAGGGCUGGAUCCUGGUGUGUAAGCAUACGGAGGGGGGUGACAGGCUGGUGCCCGUGGAUUCACCAGAGACUUUGAGCAGACAUCAGCAACUUUUUGGCUAUGACCACAAACCCUGUGAUAGAUGGGAGCAAGUGGUGGAUGUGGAGAAUUCCCUGUACAUGGGUUCUAAACCGAAGGUUGCUGAGUGUGACUAUGCUGCCGUCCAGAAGCUUAGGUAUGUGACGCCCACCUGGACAUAUGAAUGUGAUGAGGACCUGGUGCACUACUUUUUUGACCACAUUGGAAAGGAGGAUGAGAACCUGGGCAGUGUGAAGCAGUGUGUUACCAGUAUCGAAGUUUCUUCAUGUUCAGAGGACCCCAGUGGUGGUGCCAGCUGUCUGACUGAUGGAGACACAGAGACGUACUGGGAGAGUGACGGCAUGCAGGGACAGCACUGGAUCCGCCUGCACAUGAAGAGAGGCACUGUGGUCAAUAAGCUGAUUUUGACAGUGGACUCGACAGAUGACAACUACAUGCCCAAGAGAGUCACUGUGUUCGGAGGAGAGGGAGACAAUCUGAAGAAGCUCAGUGAUGUCACCAUAGAUGACAAUCUAAUUGGAGAAGUGUGUGUUUUGGAAGAUAUGACAUCACACUUACCUGUCAUUGAGGUCCGGAUAGAGGAAUGUAGGGAUGAGGGCAUAGACGUUCGGAUCCGAGGCCUGAAGAUCAAGUCAUCGUGUGAAAGGGAUAUGGGCCUGAAUGCUGACGUGUUCCAGUCCUCUAACCUGGUGCGCUACCCACGACUCGAGGGCACCCCCCCUGAUGUCCUCUACCACAGGGCAUUGGUCAUUCAGAGGUUCAUCUCGCUCCUGGACUCUUUGCUGCCCCACCUGGUACCGGCAUGGGACUACAGCCUCGGUACCUUCGAUCAGAUCAAAAGUAUAAAGCAGUUCUUGCUGCUGUCCAAGCGCCGAUCAGCUCUCAUCACCCAGUGCCUGAAGGACUCGGAAACCAGUAAGCCCAAUUUUAUGCCCCGCCUGUACAUCAACCGGCGUUUGGCCAUGGAGCACAGGGACAAUCCCUCCCUUGACCCCAGCUGCAAGAAUGCAGUGUUCACACAGGUCUAUGAGGGGCUCAAACCAUCUGACAAAUAUGAAAAGACUUUAGAUUAUAGGUGGCCUGCACGGUACGACCAGUGGUGGGAGUGCAAGUUCAUCGCGGAGGGAAUCAUUGACCAAGGUGGGGGGUUCAGGGACAGCCUGGCAGACAUGUCCGAAGAGCUCUGCCCCAGCUCAGCAGAGUGCCAUAUGCCCCUGCCAUUCUUCACCAGAACAUCCAACCAGGGCACUGGAGAGGCCAGAGACUACUACGUACCUAACCCGUCCUGUAAAGAGUUCCAUAAAUUUGAGUGGAUUGGCCAGCUCAUGGGAGCAGCUCUCAGAGGAAAAGACUUCCUGGUUUUGGCUCUACCUGGGCUGGUGUGGAAGCAGCUGACAGGAGAGGUGGUCAGCUGGAGCAAAGAUUUCCCUGCAGUGGACUCAGUGCUGGUGAAGCUGCUGGAAGCCAUGGAGUGUAUGGACCAGGAGACAUUUGAGUUCAAGUUUGGCGAGGAGCUGGUUUACACCACCCCGCUGAGUGACGGCCAGCUGGUGGAACUCAUCCCGGGGGGGAGCAACGUGGUGGUUCGCUAUGAGGACCGCACGGAGUUCAUCCGCCUGUUGAAGAAAGCCCGGCUAGAGGAGAGCAAGCAGCAGAUUGCAGCCAUGCAGGCGGGGCUGCUGAAGGUGGUGCCUCAGGCUGUGUUGGACCUGCUUACCUGGCAGGAAAUGGAGAAGAAAGUGUGUGGAGACCCUGAGAUCACUGUGGAGGCCCUGAAGCGACUCACACGCUAUGAGGACCUGGAACAAACUGACGUUAGAGUGCUGUACCUAUGGGAGGCGCUAAUGAACUUCACCAAUGAGGAUCGCAGCAGGUUUCUUAGGUUUGUGACUGGGAGAAGCCGUCUUCCUGCCCCCAUCUAUAUCUUUCCAGACAAGCAAGGCUCUGAAACGACAGACGCACUUCCACAAUCCUCCACAUGCUCUAGUACCCUUUAUUUACCAAAUUACCCAAGUGCAAAAGUUUGUGAGGAGAAGCUGCGCUAUGCUGCUUACAACUGCGUAGCUAUCGACACAGACAUGAGCCCCUGGGAGGAGUGAUCUGCCUCACUAUGUCAUAAGAAGAGCUCUACACACACCUAUCCGUAGAAUCACUCUCACAGAGGAAUAUUGCCAAGUUUUAUCAGCAUAUCACUAUAAUAUUGCCAAUUGUUCGUAUAAUUAAUUAUAGUUGUAUAUAAUAAAGAACUAUAU